AUGUCAAAUUGGAGUUCUGAUCAAGAAGUUGAUGAUAUGGUAGAGGAAGAAGUUGACAGUAUAGUAGAGGAAAUUCAGAACCAUUGGACUCAUACAGAAGAUCCACAAUUACCAGUUUUCAGAAGAGUGCACAUUAAUAGAGACCGAGAAGGAGGCCAUAUUCGGUUAUGGAAUGAUUAUUUUAGUGAGAAUCCCACUAACACUCAAGGUAUGUUUCGCCGUCGAUUUAGAAUAAACAAAUCGUUAUUCUUGCGUAUUGUUAAUAGUAUUAAAGAUGGGGUCCCUUACUUCAAACAAAGUCGGGAUGCAACUGGAAGACUCGGUCUUUCUGCACUUCAAAAAUGUACGACAGCAAUUCGUAUGAUGACAUACGGAAGUGCAGCAGAUGCGAUGGACGAAUAUCUAAGACUCGCUGACACGACUGCGCACAAAUGCCUAGAAGAAUUUGUUAGCGGAGUUAUAAAUCUUUUCGGAGAUGAGUACCUCAGGAAGCCUACAACGGAAGACCUGCAACGAUUACUGAAUCUUGGAGAAUAUCGUGGUUUCCCCGGAAUGAUAGGGAGCAUAGAUUGUAUGCAUUGGGAGUGGAAGAAUUGUCCGACGGCAUGGAAAGGAUAG